AUGACUUUUGCUUUCAAAGUUCUUUUCCUCGCACUGUUGGAACUUUGUCUUUUCGUGGAAUAUGACCUAGGUAACUGACAUUGUAUAAUAACAAAGUUUAAAUUCAAUGGCAUGCACGAUAUUUAAAAUGAUGAAGCUAAGAGAAGUGUCUGCAUCACAUCACAGCCCAUUCAUUUAUAUCGAAGCAUGUUUUGUCUUAGAAGACAGCCAACUGAGUUUGUUAUGAAGUGAAAGGAUUGACGUUGGUGAAAUACCAUUCACUCGACUAGAAGUGAAGGAUGAAGUAAAGGUCACUUUGAAUGUGAGAUUCUAUGAUAAGCAAACUUGUGUUUAAGUUGCUGCCAAGAAAAUCAUUUACUCAGCUAGAGAUAGAUGAAGAAGUAGGUGCCACUUUCAAGGUGACAAGCAAAUCAAAAGAUUCCAUGAUAAGCAAACGAAAAAAUUACCUUACAAAUGUCGCUUUGCUUAGUUCUUCCCCCCGUAGUAGUAUGCAUUAUAAUUAGAAGCUAUAGAGACUGGUAGCACUAAGUUAUUUUCUUUCCUGGCAACGAACUGCGAAAUAUGAGGUCUUUGACGUUUAACAUCCAUGCUAUGGUUUUCAGACUUAAAUGACAGUGCCACUUCAAAUGUUUUACUUGCAGCACCUUUGUUUUACGUAAAGCGAAUUCCAGAGACAGAGAUCCAAAUUCUAGGCACGGUCAGCAGCGUGCGGCAAGAAAGAAGCUCAUCCGUCACUAAUGCGCCUGCGCUGGCAAAAAGCGUCAUCGAAACUAAGGACAACCAUGACAAAAAUGUGGAGGAAACAAAAAGAGAUGUGAGUCUUGAAGAACUGUUAACAGAUGACAGUCGGAAAAGAGAAAAAAGAAUUGACAAGGAUAAAAAGAGCGUUGAAGGAGAGACACAAAUACAAAAACCGGCAAGAGCGAAUAAAAAUUCAGUCAAUUCUUCGCCGACAUCGACUCUGGGUAAGCUAGCAGGCAAUAGCCAACUUUGCUUAUUGCACCGAUGAUAGCACUUAUGAUAAAUGAAAUCAAAUUCUAAUACGUAAAACUGAUGCACUUUCUACCAAAGCACGCUUUUUGUGACUCGUCAAAGAGCCGUGCCUAAGCAAAUCGUUGGAGUAUGACUUUCCUUGAAGUAGGUGACUCGAGAACAUGAGUUGCGUUGCUAACGGCAGGCGUUCAAUUACAAUGUUACACUCUCAUUAUACUUGUGACUAACUGUACAACAGUGUACUGAAGGAAGGUGAUGUCAUCAAGCCUGAAAUUCACUGGCCAUGUAUUUCUAAGGGGACGACUGUGUAAAACCAAAGUAAUGGAAAUAAGAAGAUGGAGAAUUUCUCCCCGGUUGGGAAAUUUUAUCUCCUCGAGUCAAGUACUUUCUUUUGUGUACUGUCGAUUUUUUGUGUGCUUCCGAAAGUUCUCGACCUUCAUACUCUCGAGUAUAAGAGGAAAACUCUUUACUCGAGGAGAAAAAUCUGGACUUGAGAAAGAGAUUCUCAGCUCCCGAAGACUAAAUAAAAAUAAAACAAAAAUCUUCAGCUUUUUGUGCUCCACAAAAUCACAAGACUAGCGAGAAUUGGGCGGCCCCCAAUCUCAAGAAUUUUUAAAAUCACCAAGCUUAAGAAACUUAAGCUAGGCCAGGGCGGGUGUCGUUGUGAAUCUUGUUCAAAUUAAAUUGCUGUAGCCAAUAGUAUAGAUAGUCAUUUUUAUCAUGAAUCCUUAGUUUCUAUAUGUUCUUAAUUUCUCAAUAUGUUAUUGUAGAUACGCGUACAUUUUUUAACGAGACUUGGUUCAUUUGUUUUGGCUAAUUAGUGUCACGAGUUACAAAGAAAGUCUUUUGUCAGCCUUCCAUGGAGACCUCUCCCAAUUAGAGUCAUAAUACUUUUGGUAGCAGAACACCCUUAUUUUGAGUACUUUUGAUCUCACAGCAUCAUCUUACCUGUACAUUCCGAGGGAAGAUAGUACGCGUUCUUACCCAUGGAUCCUUAAUUCUCAAAACAUUAAUUAAUUAACCAAACAUUUAUGAAAAGCAAAGUUGAAUUCUCUUUAAAUAAGUCCAUCAGGCAAAGAGCGAUGACAGGUCGCUGUUUGUUAGUGCUACAAGGAGAAGAUUAAUCCAAUUGCUGUACACCAAGAGGAAAUAAUGUCCCAGUUUAUCCUCUUGUGUACUCACUUAAAUUUUAAACGGUGCAGGUUUCUGAUUGAUCACAUCGGUUUCCUUUUUUUUUCUAUUCAAUUAGAACUUAGAUGGCCAUCCGGGACUUAUGGACUUCCCAAGCCGGUUGAUGGGUGUCCGAAAGCAGAUGGCUUUGAGUGGAAGACUGGGUACCGAUUCCACGACACUGAGGAUGAUGGGACGGAGAAUCAGCACUCUGACAGUUUUCAUUUGGCGGGUGAAUUCAGCGAUGAAGGAAUAAAACAUGAAUUUUGCAUUAAAACGGAUGAUACAGGCGGAGGAAGGUAUGUAAACUGAAGUACAUAUUAGUUUACUCUUGAAUAAUUAAUAUUCUAUUCAACUCAACUCAUUUGCUAACAUUAGAUGGAGCAGUUAUAUUGGAAUCGAAAUUCCUGAAGCUUGGAUACCCACGAUUAAACAACACAACAGCCGAUCGAUGAGGAGCUAUGAGGGAACAUUAUCUUACAACCGGAAUAAUAGUGAGGAUCGAAAUGCACCAAUAGCAGCCAACCAACGUGCCCCAAAUAGCGACAUGUAAACAAUCGACCUCAUCGCCUGAUGAAGACUAGUAGUGUUGCAGUUAAAACGUCGCGAUCAACAUCAAAAGUGACUCUAUCGUGAGACAAAGGCGAAUAAAGUUCAACUCCUAUCUUACACCACGAUUAACAAUAAACACAUAUUUUAUUACAUCUCAUUUCUCCUUACAAUAUCACCCCUGAAUCACACAUUAAGGUCACGAGAACAAGGGAAAUGAUCACCGAAUAGAGAAGCUCUUGCAGGAUUGUUGACUAAAUUCUAAUACAGCACCUUAGGAAGCGUAUAGAGAACAGUACGGAAAAUAUACAUGCUGAUGUUAGGGUGUAAAGGGCUACGUACUGUACGUCAUGCUGCUUCUUGUCAUGUUGACUCUUUUUCUGUUUAAAAGCUCCUAAUCACCGCAUUAACCUUUCUCAGAUGGCCAGAUGGAAAAUACUGCAUUUACAAAAAGGGAUCCCGCUGCCCCACUGGCCUCGACGAGGGAUUUGUUAUAUGGGAUGAUGAAAACAAAGACAAUAAAAAUUCUAAAUACGGAGACUUACCCGAAGGUCUUUUCAACGAAGACUCCAAGAUUUUCUUUUGCUGCAGCACAACUGGUAGUGCCAGCAAAGAGAUCACUCUGCCCAACAAAGCUCCAUUCUUACUAUUUGCUUACGAGUCUUAUCUUUGCCAGAAGGUGAGUCGUCAUAAAGAAAACAAUAAUUUUAUCAACGUUCGCGCAAACCUUUAAAACUACUAAUUUAAGGAAAAAAUUAAUUUUCAAGUUGUUUGUGUAUUCAUUAUUAUCUUCAGGUUAAAGGUAUGAGAGUGGAGACAGAGUUCGUCAAAUUCGAUGACGAAGACCGAGGCAAUAUCGAUUACGAAGGUGGCGAAUUUCCGUUCGGAAUACACCGAGCAGACAAAGACCACAUGUUUUUUCUAUGUUACUACACACCGGAGGGACAAAACAGCACUUUGAUGCCAGGUAAAGAAACGUUGUCUGAGUCUUCCCUCCCAUCGGAAUAUAGAUACUGGAAAAAUAUAACCUUGAAUCAAUUUGUAACCUGCGAUCGCGGAUUUGCUUGAUCGUUCGAGCGAUGGUUACACGGUGUUACUAGCUGCAAGGAGUGCAGGGAAGUUUUACAGCUCGUUAUCUGAGAGUCCGUCGCCAAGAUGUAUCCCAUGUAAACAAUAAACUGCCACUGAGCUGAGCAGAGAAAUCAAUAUUAGUAGGAUAACUUCUUGUUUAAAGGUUUUCAGUCCGUAAGCGCAAUUUAUGAACCAAACACAUUUUUUAAAUCGAGGCUACGCAACCAAACCUAGGAUAAGAUUUACAGAAGGACCUCGAUUUGACGAACUUCUGUAUGACGAAGUUCUCGGUAUAACGCACGAUACUCUUCAGCCCGGCUAAAGUUGCUGUAGCUAUGUACAGACCUGUACAGUGUACUGUAGCUUUACGUAGACAUCAAAACACAAAUAUCAUUUAAAGGAAUCGUUCCGAUCCCGAGAUGCUGGGUAGCACGACGUCGCACCACAAAUAAAACAAAAACAACUACAACAAAACAGAAAAAAGAAAUAAAACAAAACAGCAACUGUCAACCAGCCAUCGAUAUAACGAACAUUUUGAUUGUUUUUCUGCAAAUUCGUGAAAUUGAGGUUUUCGAUAUAACGAACCCUCCCUAAAAAGAACCAAUUUCCCCAAUCCCUUGGCACUUCGUUUAAUCGAGGUCCCACUGUAGCAAUUUGAUAGUGCAUCUUACAGACUCAACACCCAAUGCCUGUGCAUAAAUGAGCGUUUGAGACUUAUUGACUUUUAUCUUUCUGUAGUCUACCUUCAAGCAAUUUUGUCAAGUUGCAAUGUUUCACGGCUAAAGCACUCCAACCUUCGUUUACGUGUUGUUCUGUUACGCUAACGCGUUGUCUCGUCUCCUUAGUCUCUGCAGAUAAUAAAAGUAAGAGCUCAUCUUCUUCCAAGAAUUUCAUUCUAAAAGAUGGACUCAAAAAGCACAAGUCGAAAUCGGAAAACAAACAAGUCGAUAAACUGGAGGAACUGGAAAAAUUGCGAAACUCCGAGAAAAUGAUGGACGCAUUCCUUGCCAGUACUGCUCCGCAUACCAAAGAAACAAACAAAAAUGAGAGGACGAAGACGAUCAUUAAAACUAUAAGGGUAUGUCAAACAAUCUAUUUUCAUACUUAUUAUUAUGCAACAGUGGGUGUAAACUAGUUGACUAGUGCUUUCUGGGAUCCUACGCCUUAAUGGAAACUUUUUUUCUAGAUCCUUACGUAUUUGUCGCCAUCGAAAAAACUGAUUAUCGCCACCCUUUAAUGUGAAACUAAUCUUUGCCUAUUUAGAGGGGACCCAUAUGCUAAUUUACAGUCACACCAUAAUUUGAGCCAUCUUUAAAGUUAUUGACUGUGUUAGUCAAAAUCAACUUAGCUACUGAUAGCAUAACUGCUUAGACUAACUUAGCUGAUAACAGUGACUGACUGACUGACAUAUUCACCUACCUACUGACUGACUGACUGACUUACUGACAUACUGACCUGCCGAUUGACUGAUUGACCGACCGAGUGACUGACUGACAUACUGACCUACUGGCUGAUUGACUGACUGGCUGACUGAUUAACUGACUGGCUGACUGACUGAAUGACUGAUGACUAACUGAAUGACUGACUGAUGACUAACUGACUGACUGACUGACUGACUGAAUGACCGACUGACUGACUGACUGACUGACCAGCUGACGGACUGACUAACAGAAUGGCUGACGUACUAACUGACUGACUGAUUGAUUGACUAAAUGACUGACUGAUUUAAUGACCGACUGAUUUAAUGACUGACUGAUCACGUCUAACUGAUUAAUUGAAUUAUUGAUUCAUCAAUUAAUUCCACCACCCGUCAACAACUGAACCAUAUGUGACAUGUCAUAUUUUCAUUUUCAGAUCCCCGAACGCGAGAACACGACCUCAAUAGUUGUAACAACAGCUGGGAUCGUCUUGGGUAUCGUGGUGUUGGGGGCAGUGGUCGGUAUAGUUGUCAUAAAACAUAUCAGGUCAAACAGAGAUGGGAUCAACGUAGAUUCACUGGAUGAACAAAUUUACACGGCGUCCUCACGGAGAAGUAGCUUCACCACCUCAGAAGAUGAAGUGGAACUCACUGAAGCUGACUUUGAAGAUGAGUUGGUUGAAGACCAAUAUCUUCCGUCAGACUCCGAACUUAAGUCAGGCUUAGAACUCAUGUUUCUUAAACAACAAAGACAUUAUUGGACACGGAAAAAGAAGCCCUGAUAGAAUGCUUCACAGAUACAAUAGUGUAUUCAAGGAUAUUCCUCUAGGAGACUUUAAAUGGACCUGGAAAGUUUCCGUGUGGACCGUGUUCCGUUACUUGAGGUCACCAAGACAGUUUUCAUGUGUGUCUCCCGCUAAUUCGUUCGUUUUACUGAGCAUAAAGACUGAAGAUAAUUUAAUUGUACCUCGAUGUAAAUAAAUGAAAGACCUGCACAACUCAUAAAGAAUUGGAAAAAAUUUGAAAAAUGAGGCACACAAACAGUAAAUGUCGCAAAUACAGGACAUUCAGAUAACUCCCAUUCAAAGUUUGUCCAUCAUUUAAUAGAGACAAGUAAACUUUUUAGCAAUGAAAUAACGGAACCAUGUUUCGAUGCCGUACCCUGUUUAAUUUGCACUUUGUUACUUUAGACGAUUGAUGAAUCAGGGAAAUUUUUAGCCAUAAUGAGUGGAGAUCAGUGUCAUCCCACUCCUUAUUUGCUUUUUAAUUAAAACACUGAAC